UCCCGCCGCCGCCGUCCGCGCGCCACUCCCGGGACAGACACUGUGCGUCGUGGGGCGCACCAUGGCGCGCCGGGCGGCCCUCGCGCUGCUGCUGUUCGGCCUGCUUGGCACCCAGGUGCCCACCCGGGGCCAAGAUUUUGAUUUAUCGCAUGCCCUUGAUGACAAGAAAUCCACUCCGGCCCCACCAAAAAAAGCCACCGAUGAUAACUUCAAUUUAGAAGACGCCCUUGGUGGAGGGAACAAUGACCCAGUGACACCCGAAGCACCCAAGCCAAAACCUAAUCCAAACCCCAACCAGCCCGGCUCUUCUGGUGGCUUUUCGGAUUCGGACCUUACUGAUGGGACUUCAGAUGGAGGAGGCGGUGAUGGCGGCAACCAGAGGCCUGGAGGGGCGGAGCAGGCCGACUCCCCGGGGGUGGUCCCUGGGAUCAUCGGUGCCGUCGCAGUCGCCGUGGCCGGGGCCAUCUCCAGCUUCAUCGCCUACCAGAAGAAGAAGCUGUGCUUCAGAGAGAACGCUGACCAAGGCGAGAUGAACAUGGAGAACCAUCAGGGCACCAACGCCGAGCCACCCGUUCAACAGACCCUUCUGGAGAAAUAGGAGGUCGGCAGCCAAGUGAUUCAUAGCAGGAUCUCGAGCUGGCCUGCUGAGCCUCUCCAAAGAUUGCCUGCAGGGACAGAGCGGCCCCGCCAGAAACAAGCCCCGGCUUGUCUGUGCCUUUGCUCAACUUGGGAUUCCUAGUUUGAAUCUUGAGGUGUGUCACCACCGUGCUGGGUGGGUGAGAUUGACUUGUGAUGAGUUUUGCCUCCAGAGGGGAAUUACACUCACCUUCUCCACGGCCCUGAGGGGUUUCCCGUGUGCUGUGAAAGGCUGACCGACCAAGUCCUCGUCAUUCAACCCCACUGAAGUUCCCCAAACAGAAACUCCACGCUGUUUACAAAUUGCCUGUAGAUUGAAUGCAUCUGAACCUCUGCCAACAUUGACCUUUUUAUAGAGUGAGGUAAGCCUUCAGCUGGUUUCCUCAAAAGUUCUUCCAUUUACUAGGAUUUUUUUUUUUUUGCCCACACCAAACUAAUAAAAAGAAAUUAGAAACCAAGUACUUUUUACUUAAUGUUUUGCCAUGGGGUGACUUUUAAAAAAGGUUGUGAAACUAGUGGGAUGGAUCCCCUGUUCCCUUCUCUGGGGCUGUAAGACAGACGAUCACGCUAAGUGCUCGCUCUUUAUAACAUCUUGCAAUGAACGGAAUGCCUACUCUUCUCCCGGUAACAAACGAUGACUUCUCCACCUUUAGAAGCAUUUCCCCCGUUUAGGACAGCGCACGCACUGCACAGCGCCCAGAAUGCUUGCUUUUAUACAGAAGGGCUUUGCGUGGACUUUUGUGUUCAUCUCGGGAAGUGCAGAAGCCCUGGUGUUGCAGAUGGGCUGGACCCCACCCAUAGACUACCCUCCACGGAAAUAUUAGUUUCCAGUGGCACAGGCUUGCCUCGUCUAAAGCUCUUAGGAUAGUAACCCAGAGCAGUGGCGGUUUCCUGGGAAGACUUCCUUUUGUCACGGAUGAUGGUGUAAAGAACUGUUGUGUGUUUCACAUCAGCCUCUCCAGGUUCAAAGGUAUGACGUUAGCACACCUGUGUGGGCUGCCUCCACAAGUCACCUAACUUGGGAGAGGGCUGCUGUGAGUAUCAGUCAUGAAUGCUGGGUCUUUCUCACUUCUGAAGCUCAGAAACUCUGCCAGUAGUUUGAGGGGUAGGCAUCUGAGCCACCCCCUGCUGUUGAGGACUCAACCCCUCUCCACGCCCGUAUCCUUUCUGUGACCUCUCCUCACUGCGUUAUCUAAAAGCGUUUGGAGUUUCUUUCUCAAGGUAUUGCUGGAGACCGUCGUCUGGCUCUUUAACUUGUUGUAUCUCUGACACUAUGAUAACUUUUGAGUAUAUGAAAUGGUGUGAAAAAAAAAAAAGAAAAGGAUUGGCUAUUUAUCAUAUCCAUUCAUUGCUGCAUUCAACAAAUACCUAUGACCUGGUGUGCACAGUGGUGAACAUGACAUUCAGGAUUCUACAGGAUGGAACACAAAUAAAUGACAUCCAUCCAUGGAUGGGGUCGGCCAGUUGUCAAGAGCUGAGGGCCAGGUUGGUCAAUAUGCUUGGGUUCCCUUGCUAACUGGCUCAGAGCACCUGGGUACAAAGGUAGAGAGCGUCCAUGUUCUCCCCAGUGAGUCAUCACCGGUUGCCUUUGAGGUCAAGAUUGUGCUCACUGACUUGCUUCAUAAUAAGAAAAAAACGCAUAAAGUCUUUUUGUAACUCUGAAUAACAUUGGCAUUUUUAUAAGCAUUGCAAUCAUACUAUAAGCAUAAAUGCCUCAUUAAAGAAGAGAAGAGUGAAAGGAUGGGUAUUUCUUUAAGGAUAUGAAAUUACGACUCAUUCAUAAAUAAGUGUACAUUUAAGAAAUAUGUCAACUAGGCUUUUCUUAUGGAUGGUGGAUGUACAUUGUUGUAGACUCGGUUUAAUUUCAUGUUCACAUUAAAAUAAACAUGAUUUUAUCAAAGGUC